UCUUCACGUGCUUGGCUGCCUUGCACAAUAACACACGAGCGCUAUAAAACAAGAAAAUCAGAACUCCUCCCCCCAAAAGAAAUAAAAAAAGUUUCUGAAAGGUUUAGCAGUGAUUGCUCAGAAGUCGAUAGCUGUCUACAAGCUGCAGUUUGAAAGCAACAUUUUUCGAGUGGCUGCAUUUACCUCAAUUAUAAAAUGGCGUCUGUUCCUUCAGCCGGCUGCCUGCUUGCAAGAAACCAGUUUUACAGAACUCGAUACAAUUCAACAUCCAGCACUUCAUCUGCUGGUUCAUCUCAUGAUCACAUAACUGACCAUGAGAAGACGCCUGUUGUAAAUGGCAUACAUAUCCCUUUUGAGAAGUGUUGGUGGCUGAAAAGGUUCUUCCACAGUGAAAACCAACCAAUUGUUACAGAUAUUUCUUCUGGCAGUACUCCCAGUUAAUGCAAACUGAAAAUUACAUUUCUGCAAGUUGUAUGAACAUAAAAUAAUUAUGACUGCUGGAUUAAGGUAUUUAGGUUGUCCUACCUUGACCUGCUCCCUGGUUGUUGGCUGGUUACUGAAGUAUUCAUCUGAAAGCGAGGCACUGAAGUGCCGUUGGAUACGAAAGACCACAUACGCAGGUUGUAAAUCAAAUGUAACUCAAAUCGGUCUUGGCAGUUUAACAUGCCUUCAAGAUCAGGGGUUAAGACUGUACCAGCAAAUUAAACCUGGGGGUUUAACACAGUGCAUUUAAGUUCUGUGCCACUUAAAUAUUUUUACAUGUCCAAUAAUCCAUCUGGUGCUGUCAAUCGGUACAUUUGUAGCAUUGGUAUCAAACCUAAAUGUAUUAUUUUGUCCCUUUCAUGCUAUGUAAAAAUACAGUACCCUGUUCCCUAUGUCUUUGUAAUUACUGGAAUUGAAAUGAGAAAAGAAGAACUAAGAAAGGAUUUUGGUUGGUUUGGCAAUUAAACUGCCAUUUAUGUAUGUAAAUCACUGUUCCAGUGUUUUUAUUUUGUCGUUUUGUACGUUUUUACUGGUAUUAACAGUAUCAGCUCAGUCAUCUGUAUAUAAUUUUGUUUUGUAUUCAUUUAUACCACCUGAAUAAAUAUUUUAUAUGACA